AUGGCAAUUGAUGAAAAGGCAACGGCCAGCCAAGAGGUGGUUCAAGGCGCCGAACAACCAGAAUCCGUAGCUAUCUCAAACGAACGGUCGAAGAAAGUGUUCGAAUCUUCAGCAGGCUCCAGAGAAACACCAGGUCCGGCCCAAACAGAGGCCCCUCCAGACGCGAACCCCAAACCGGCGUCAGUGCUGUCCCAGACUAUAAUAGUAGUCCCGCGAUCAAAACGAAGAGGACUUCUAGGCAACCUGACUGUUAUUCCCGAAAUUGAACGGCCAUACAACUACGCAAACAGCACGAAAUGGGUCAUCACUCUGGUUGUUGCCAUAUCGAGUGCCGCCGCGCCUCUAGGCAGUGCCAUAUUCUUCCCUGCACUUAGUCAACUUUCGCAAGACUUCCACUCGUCACCAACGGUCGUCAAUCUCACAGUGGCACUUUAUCUGCUGAGCAUGUCCAUAUUCCCGCUCUGGUGGUCUGCCGCGUCAGAGGGGCUAGGCCGCAGGACUGUCUACUUGGUGUCUUUCACGCUGUUCACGAUAUGGAACAUUAUCGCCGCUGUGUCUACAUCUAUGGCUAUGCUGGUUGUAAUGCGAGUUCUCGGAGGGGGGGCUGCGUCAUCUGUUUUGGCCAUUGGUGCAGGGACUAUCGCGGACAUUUGGGAGCCGAAAGAGCGCGGUCGUGCGAUGGGAAUUUUUAUUCUCGGCCCAAUGCUGGGCCCUCUGCUGGCACCUAUCAUUGGUGGUGUGUUGUCGCAGGCCUGGGGAUGGCGGAGCACUCAAUGGUUUCAGACUAUAUAUGGAGGAGUCUUGCUGCUUGUACUGACAUUCUGCCUUCCCGAGACUCUUGCAAGACGAGCCACCCCGGCCGAGCAACAGGCACCUGCAGACAACGUACACAGUUCUGCUGCGCCAACAAUUGCACAGAGAGCGAAAAAAGUAAUGCUUGUCUUGAAGCGAUGUAUCAUUGAUCCGCUGAAGAUAUUAAGUUAUCUCCGCUUCCCUGUGGUCUUUGUCACUGUGUGGCUCUCGAGCGUUACUUUUGGUACUCUCUAUAUCCUUAAUAUUGCUGUUCAAUGGACUUUUGAGAAGCCGCCUUAUAAGUUCUCGGAAAUUAUAGUCGGGUUGACCUACAUCCCAGGAUCUUUGGGAUACAUGGUUGCCGGCAUCCUCGGGGGUAGAUGGGCGGACGCGAUCAUGCACCGAGAAGCCCGGGCUGCAGGUCGAUAUGAUGCCUCUGGGAAACUCAUUCUCCGGCCGGAAGAUCGGAUGAGGGAGAAUGCGCUUCUUGCAGCUGCGAUCUACCCGGCCGCUGUGAUUUGGUUUGGAUGGACAGCAGAGAAGGGUGUUUUUUGGAUCGUCCCACUGAUUGCAAACUUCUUCUUCGGGUUUGGAACGAUGAUCAUCUUUGGGACAGCAAAUACGAUGCUGACAGAAUUCCUCCCUAAGCGCAGCUCGAGUGGCGUUGCCGUGAGUACUUUUGUGCGGACCAUCUUCAGCAGCGUUGGUGCGGUCAUCGCACAGCCCAUCCUUGCAGCCAUUGGCGACGGGUGGCUUUUCACAAUCCUCGGUAUCGUUGGUUGGAUCAGCGCAUUUUCUGUCGUUUGGGCUAUGAAGAAAUUUGGACCUAGGUGGCAGAAUGAGAUGAAACAGAGGGUGGCAUAA